AUGGCCAAUCAUGACGAAGAUGACGCCGAGCCGCGAUCGGGCCGUGCGCUAGCCAUGGCGUCCCGGGAAAGGCGGCGUCAUCAGGACGUCACUCAAGAGCCGCCGACAUCCGCAAGCGCAGCAAUACCGGCGGUCGCGCAGAAGAAAACCCAAAACGUGUACUGGGGCUACAAUGUUGGCGAAAAAGCCGCCGCUAAUCCCGCUGUAAAAGUCUCGCCGAUACAACCUCUAGACUCCACUCCACGCAAGCUCUGCACUCGCAGCAAGGUGCCCAUUCUGUACUUUGACGAAACCCAAGGCGAGUGGGAAGAACUGAAGAUCAAGGCCGAAAAAAUGUCGCGGAAUCGACCACGGGGCGGCGCUAGGGAUAAUGGCCAGGCCGCCAACGAAGAAAUCGAAAUGUGGAACCGGAUUCGCGCCGAUCUGGCAAAGGCAAAGGAAAAGAACGACCGGCAAAAAGUCCUAAGCGGCUUGAUUUCUUAUCAAAACGAGCAGAUUGCGAAGAAUGGGAGCAAACCGAGUAUUGAGGAAAUUGACCAGCUUGACAAAUGGCACCGCGAGUUGAUGAAACUUGCGGAGGAAGAAAACGACAUCCUGCGAAAUGAGCCCGCAGAUGUGAUCAAGAAUGUAGAAAUUCUCAUGGCCCUGCGCUCCGCCAGUGAAUCCGAUCCACAUGGCCGCUCUGCGGCGGCCAAACCUCGUAAGAGGAGACCUGAUAUUGACGGUGGGGCUGCGGACUCUCCCGGCCCCAAUGCUGCUACCGUGACGGACAAAAUGAACCGUCUAAAAUGCAGCGGUCAGCGGAGCACCAGCGUAUCCAGUGCCCAGACUCGUGAAUCUACGAAAGUUGAAGAAGGAUCUGAAGGUGUCAAAAGUUUCAAGGGGACCGCCCCUGGCAAGAGCGGACAGCUCUACGUCGGUGCUGAAGUGGUUUUUAAACAAAAUAAGAAACAGCAUGGAACCGAAGGUGAAGGUAUUCAGUGCAUUAUUAAAAAUAUCACCGGAGAUGGACACAAGAAGCGCUAUGAUGUACAAGACCCAGAACCAAAUGAGAAAGGCGAGCAGGGCGCUGUGUAUCGCACUACGGCCGCAUGUCUCAUUCCCAUCCCAGAAAUCGAAGCACCUCUCCCUGUAUUUGCGCCCGGAAGGCAGGUGCUGGCUAGAUAUCCCGAUACAACCACCUUUUAUCGAGCCGAAGUCAUGGGUGCUAAAAAGGACGUAUAUCGAUUAAAAUUCGAGGGCGAGGAUGACGAUAAGGAAAUGGACGUCGAUCGCCGUUUCGUCCUAGACAUUUCUGGCAAAUAG